CGUCAGCUCGAUCACUAUGCGCGUCUGAAUCACUGUGUGAAAAUGAUUUGUAUUAGUCUCGGGGAGGAAGUGGUGACUCCAGAAUAGCCGCCCGCUGCCGUUGAAGGCACGAGGACUAAAGGACAUCCUGAGGAUCUGUGCGGCUGCUGCAGUGGACGGGCAAUAUGCUGAACUUUGCAGGGAAUGCACAGAGAUGGUGACCUGGCUUUUACCGCUGUAUUGUCUGACGUGUCUCGGCUCCUUUGUGCCCUGAUGUCAAAGGUUUUCCUCUGCGUGAGUGCAAGCACUCCCCCGCGUGGCGCUAGAUCUGGAAGCAGCCACACAAAGAUGAGUCUCCAUGGUGCCAGCGGUGGCCACGAACGAUCUCGGGAUAGACGCCGAUCCAGCGACCGGUCUCGGGAUUCAUCUCACGAGAGAGGAGAGAGUCAGCUGACCCCCUGCAUCCGAAACGUUACCUCGCCCACGCGGCAGCAUCAGAGCGAUCGAGAGAAAGAAUAUUGUUCCUCCCGGCCGAGCAGUCCCCGCCCUCAGAAAACCUCACCGAACGGUUCCAGUAGUAGUGUCGGGAUGAGUAGCCGGAUCGGUAGCCAGUCCAUUUCAGACGUGAUCUGUAAGACCAGCGGGGAGAUGGUGUUUGUUUACGAUACGGUGAAGGAAGGCGCUCGGAGCAUACGUACCUCCGAGAGGGUCACGCUCAUAGUCGACAACACCAGAUUUGUUGUUGAUCCGGCUAUAUUUACGGCACAGCCAAACACAAUGUUGGGCAGGAUGUUUGGAUCCGGCAGAGAACAUAAUUUUACCCGUCCCAAUGACAAAGGAGAGUUUGAAGUGGCAGAAGGAAUCAGCUCCACCGUGUUCCGGGCAAUCCUGGAUUACUACAAGACCGGGACCAUUCGUUGCCCGGACGGCAUAUCCAUCCCCGAGCUCAGAGAGGCCUGUGACUAUCUGUGUAUCUCCUUUGAAUAUAGCACUAUCAAAUGUAGAGACCUCAGUGCUUUGAUGCACGAGCUGUCCAACGACGGGGCCCGGAGACAGUUCGAGUUCUACCUGGAGGAGAUGAUCCUGCCGCUGAUGGUGGCCAGCGCCCAGAGCGGGGAGCGGGAGUGCCAUAUUGUGGUGCUGACGGACGACGAUGUGGUGGAUUGGGAUGAAGAGUAUCCCCCGCAGAUGGGAGAAGAGUAUUCUCAGAUCAUUUACAGCACCAAGUUGUACCGAUUCUUCAAGUACAUCGAAAACCGAGAUGUGGCCAAAUCUGUCCUGAAGGAGCGAGGACUCAAGAAGAUCCGGCUGGGGAUCGAAGGUUACCCAACAUACAAGGAGAAGGUGAAGAAGAGGCCGGGCGGGCGCCCCGAGGUCAUCUACAACUACGUGCAGCGGCCCUUCAUCCGCAUGUCCUGGGAGAAGGAGGAAGGGAAGAGCCGGCACGUGGACUUUCAGUGCGUCAAAAGCAAAUCCAUCACAAACUUGGCCGCGGCCGCCGCCGACAUCCCCCAGGACCAACUAGUAGUCAUGCACCCCACACCCCAGGUGGACGAACUGGACAUCCUGCCCAAUCACCCCACCUCUGGCAGCAACGACACCGACCCAGACGGGCAGAACUCUACGUUAUAAUACGAGGCCGGGCAGCGCCGCGUCUGCUGGGCACAGUUGUGGGUCCUUCACAUCCACGGGAGGCCUGUAAUGGGGCAUUGCAGGAGCCAAGCGUCACCGGGAGCCACUGAUGCUUUCUCUACAAUCAUUGCAAUGGGAGGGCAGGAGCGGACGGGUUGAUGGUGUCGCCGGUACCGUAGACCGAUGAACCGUUUUUUGGUUGUGCAGUGUGGAUUUUGUUGUUUUCCGUUUUUCCAAGACCAAGGAACGA